AUGCUACUUGAAAAAUUUCUCUUUCCGGCACCGAAUCCACCUCAUUAUACAUUGACAUCGCAUAGAGAACAUCUUUUUUGGCUUCCAUCUGAUUCGAAUUCAGCUAAAACACCGUCAAUCCCAUGUAUGCUUUAUUCACUAUCUCCUGAAGCUCAAUAUUUCAUUAUUUGGUGUCAUGGGAAUGGUUGCGAUAUUGGCAGCAUGGAUAUGACAUUGACGACAUUGAGCCGACGACUUCGUGCACAUGUACUUAUCUUUGAAUAUCCUGCCUAUGGUUUAUUGAAAGGAAUAACAUCAUCACCAAGUCAAGCAUCAAUAAAUAACCAUGCCGAACGUGCCUAUUCGUUCGUUCGUGAUACGCUCAAAUGGCCAACGGAUCGAAUCAUUAUCUAUGGGCAUUCGAUAGGGUCCGGAGCCGCAUGUCAUCUUGCUUCGACUCACCCAGUCGGUGCACUCAUUCUUCAAUCUGCAUAUACAUCGAUCAGCAAUUUAGUUCGAGAAAAAGUUGGCCUAUUAUCAAAGAUAAUCACGGGUCCAUUUUGGGAUAAUUGUGAAGCAAUGAAACGUAUUACAUGUCCAACAUUAUUCAUUCAUGGGCAACGUGAUACAUUAAUUCCAUCACAUCAUUCUCAAAGAUUGUUCGAUUCAUUGAAUCUUCUUGACAAGAAGCAACUUGCAUUUCUACCGAACGAUGAUCAUAAUUCCAUAUCCGAUCCGAUGAUUCUGAAAUAUGCUGUACCGUUUCUCAAUCAGCAUUUUCAUCCGGCAACAGAACCAUUGCCUCGAAUAGAAAUUGAUCCAAUUUUACGUGAACCUUCCCCAAUCAAUCCGAACUCAAAGUCUAGUAUUUUCUCGUCUCUAUUCAACAGCUCAAAGAAUGCCACUACAUCAAUACUACGUUCGUCUACUUCAAAAUGUAAUAAUGAACAAAACUAA